AUGGGAAAUGGCAAUUAUCGGGGUAUACCUUGUACUCAUGUUGUGGUGGUAUUUAAGGAACUGAGAUAUCAACAAUGCUAUGUAUGGGUGUCAUCAUACUUCAUAAUGCAAACAUAUCGUUUAACAUAUGAAAAGGUUGCGUUUCAUGUGCCAGUUCCAACUGAAUACGAAGAACCGGAUGAAGUCAUGGUUGUUUUGCCACCAUUGAUGGACAAAACACAAGCCAGAAGACCUAAAAACCAUAACCGUAUUGCAUCCAAGGUGAAGGUCCGAUUCGGAAAAUAUGUAGUCGUUGCCAAAGGAUCGGUCACACAAGCAGAAACUUUGACACUACGUUUCCCGUAG